CCAAGAUUUUUAAUAGCGGUUUGUCGUAGAGAGUUCAUUCUUUUUUUGUUUAAAAGAGGAAAAGAAACUACAUCGACUGACCGGCGUCGAUUUUUGAAUUAGGUCUUCGUUUUUUGUCAAACCGAGGAUUUUUAGAAAAUCCGGAAGGCUUUUUCGGAUUUCGCAGGUUGUUGAUUGCAUGGAAAACCAAUAAAGGCUUAAUUAAAAAAUCGGCGUCGGUCAGUCGAUGUAGUUACGUGUGUAGUUUAAAAUAAAACAAACCAGAACUCUCCAGCUUGAAGUAUAUUAGAAAAUCUUGGGACGCCGUUCAGGGUCCUUUUUGGACCCUGAUCUCUGAAAAACUCCUAAACCGUAAGACUUGGAGACAAAAAAAUCUUUUCAUUCCCGUAACUCAUUGUACCGAACGUUCACGGAAAGUUUCGUCAAGAUCGGAUGUACGGUGUCGGAGAUAAUUUCUGAGGGGGGGGGGGCCCUUAAACGUACGUUCAUGUUUUCACGCUUAGUAUUGAUAAUUUCUCGUUUUAGGUAAUAUUGCUGCCGGUAAGACAACAGUUUUAAAUCAUAUUCAAUCGAAAUAUCCUAAUAUCGAAGUAAAGACUGAACCGAUAGAUCAUUGGACAAAUGUAAAAGGAUUUAAUCUACUUGAAGCUUUGUAUACACAAUCAGAACGUUGGACAUUUACAUUUGAAUUUUAUGCACUACUUUGUCGAGUUAAAGAUUACCAAUUAGCAUCUAAUAACCAUAACAAUAAUAAAAUUAAAUGUUUUGAACGAUCAUUAUUGAGUAAUAAACACGUAUUUAUUCGUCAUGCUUAUAAUGAACAAUCUUUAAAUGAAGUCGAAUAUGAAUUAUUGAACCAAUAUUUUGAAUAUGCAUUAACAAAAAUUGAUUAUUCUCAAACUGCUAUAUUAUUUCUUGAUUUGAUACCUGAACAAUGUUAUGAACGGUUAAUAAAACGUGCACGUGAUGCUGAAAAAAUAAUAGAUUUAAAACGUUUAGAAAAAUUACACCAUUACUAUGAUGAUUUUUUGAAGAAGAUUGAUAUAUGUGAAGUAAAACGAAUAGAUGCCGCUCAGCCAGUUGAAGAUGUUUUUAAACAAGUUGAUUGUGUAUUAGAUGAAUUAGUACAAUAG